CCGAUUUGUUCACAAACCGUCUGAGGAUCGAGUUUAUUUCGGACUCCACCUCUCCAAUUCUCCAACCAACCUAUUGACUUAUGGUUUCUCCAAGCGAACUCCAUCUCUCCAAAUUUCCAAUGGUUUUUUCUUAUGAUUUUCUCAAUCAGCGACGUGUACUGGACCUAGGGUUUUUCCAAUGGUUCUCUCUCCAACCUACUGAGGAUCGAUUUCCAUCGGUUUGCUUGAGCUGCGUGUACAACAUUUCUCACCAGCAUCUGUUUCUCACUGGCGUCUAUCUCUCUCUGAGUCUCUGGCGUCUAUCAAUCGUUGAAAUAGAUAUAUACCGCCCCUUAGUUGGUUUCCUUGAGUUCUAGCCAUCAUUUUUUUUCUGAGCUUCGUGCAUAGACUUUCACGGAAGUUCUCUUUCGAGCCUCCUUUGCAACUCCAUUUUCUUCAACGAGCUCCAAAUGUGUUCAUAGGGAGAGAGUUCUCAAUAAUCAUAUUUUUUAUCUGAUAUUCGGAAGUGGGAUUUCUUUGUUAUGUUCAUUUUCUCCCCAAGAGUUCUCUAUCGUUGAUAGGGGCAGAAGAACUUUUUGAGUUCCUGAAUCUUCAGCCGGAAAGCCAAUUGAAUGUUGAACAAAAGAAGAGAAAGGUUCUGCGUCUGCGAUAGAGGUAUAGAUCUGAACUCCAAAUCCAUCUUCGAGCGUUCGAUAGAGAAGAGAAAGGUUCUGCGUCUGCAACAGAGGUAUCGAUCUGAACUCCAAAUCCAUCCAUCUGCCGAGUUCUUCAGACUGCCUGAAAUAGCAUUCCUAUGCAAUCUGAUGUUGACUGGACAACAAUUUUGUGAAGAAGAUUGGUCAACACUCAAAAAGAAAUACAGUAGCCUUUCUGAGGAUGAUUUGGUGCGAUAUUGCUUCUCUUCAUUUUAUAUUGUGGCUCUACUGCAUGAUACUCUUGGAAUUUCAUUGGAUGAUGAAAGGCACAAGCUAGAAAGAGACAAACAUCUAUAUAAAGCUUUCCAACAUUUUGAUAAAGAUCAGAGAGGAUACAUUUGUGACAGGAUGCCCGGGCUGCUAAUUCUAUGCCGUUUGGAAGCUCCAUAGUUUCUAUUCAAAAAGAAUAGUCGUAGUUGGCGUGAAGAGGAGAGAGAAACUGGCUUACUUGAUAGAAGAGACCGUUGUAUUUGUAUUGAUGGUGGGAGUAGUUGGUUGUUUUUAUGUUGUUAUUUUUUACUAAGAUGCCCAUUGUAUGCUCGGGCAGCUUGUUUUUUUAUAUGGGUGAAUCUCUUAAAUUACCCCUACUAUUUAGCGUAAUGACACGUAGUAUCCCUAUUGUUUAGCUAUUGUUUUGCGGUAUCUCUAAGUUUUCUGAUAAUUGUCAUUGUCGUUAAGUGCUAAUGGAAUGAAUCUAAAUGUCAAA